AUGACAGCCUCCAGGGGCCUGCCCGCCAGGGUCCCCGCUCCAGACCCCGAACCCGAGGAGGUUCCGGGUCUGGGCCAACUGCCCAUGGAGCUGCUCGAGAUGGUGCUGAGCCACGUGCCCCCACACGUGCUGCUCGGGCACUGCCGCCGGGUGUGCCGGUGCUGGUGUGACCUGGUGGACUGCCAGGACCUGAGGCUGAGCAUCCUGGCCCAAGACCGUGCCGCCCUGUCACCUGUCCUCCACUCCUACCUGCCCUCCGCUGACGACCUCAGGCCCUGCAUCCUGGGCUGCUUCUGGGAGCGAAGACCGAUAGGACGCAACCUCCUCCAGAACCCCAAGGGCCUAGAAGGCUUCCGGGACUGGAUGAUGCAGAGCAGUGGAGAUGGCUGGGGAGAGGAGGAAAACUUGGAGGUCAGGCCUGGGGCCACUUCCCAGGACUCCUUCCUGUCUGCCUACAAGUGGUGUCACAAGAAGGAAAUGUUGGACCUGGAGGAGGAGGGUCUGUGGCCAGAGCUCCUGUAUAGUGGAAAGAUUGAGAUUUGUGUCUCUGCCGGGUGGACAGACCAACAAGGCAUGGCCUGUGUAUAUGAGCUAACUGUCCAACUUCUAGAUGCCAACCAGACCAUGCUGCAUAAUUUCUCUCCUAUGCCUGUUUCCAUCCGGCAGGGUAGAAACAGUGUCCGCUUUGAGGUCAACCAUGUGUUCUUCAGCUUCAAGAUUGGUGUCCGCUUUGUGUCUGUUGAACACUGGGUUUGGGACUUGGGGUUCUGGCCUGAACAAAAUGGAAUCUAUCUGCCCAAUGCCAGUGUGAUUCCACGGGUACAUCUGUUCAAGUGA